GAAAAGGCUUAACUCGGUCUGAACUGGCCGGUCGGCGACAGGGCACCCGCGGGCGAAGCCGACCCCCUUGGGCAUCGGAUCCCAGGACAGAAGUGCCCAUCAUGGCUCUGCAGCAAAAGGAAUUCCAUCCCUACCACUGGUUCAGAGUCAACCGAGCUUUCUGACUCGCCUUGCAUGGUUUCUGCUUGAUUUGGCUUUCCAAGUCGCUGUGAAGCUGGAAUGGGAAAUCACAGCCACAACCAUACCUGCGUGACAGACGACACCUUCAAAUACAACCUCUAUGGCGCUGUGUACAGCGUGGUCUUUGUCUUGGGCCUGAUCACCAACUGCGCCUCUUUGUUCGUCUUCUGCUUCCGCAUCAACAUGCGGAACGAGACCACCAUUUUCAUGACCAACCUGGCUUUCUCCGACUUGCUUUUCGUCUUCACCCUCCCGUUCAAGAUCUUCUACAACUUCAACCGGCACUGGCCGUUCGGAGACCCUUUGUGUAGGAUCUCCGGCACAGCGUUCCUGACCAACAUCUACGGGAGCAUGCUUUUCCUCACCUGCAUCAGCGUCGACCGCUUCCUCGCCAUCGUCUACCCGUUCCGAUCCCGUACCAUUAGGACGAGACGUAAUUCGGCCAUCGUGUGUGCAGGCGUGUGGAUUCUGGUCCUCAGCGGAGGGAUCUCGGCCUCUUUGUUCUCCACGACCAACACCACCAACAACAGCACCACGUGUUUCGAAGGCUUUUCCAAAAGCAUAUGGAAGACCUACCUGUCCAAGAUUACAAUAUUUAUUGAAGUGGUUGGCUUCAUCAUCCCCCUGAUGCUCAACCUCACCUGUUCAUCCUUGGUCCUGAGAACUCUCCGGAAACCAGCCACCCUCUCGCAGAUUGGCACAAACAAAGAGAAAGUACUCAAGAUGAUUGUUGUGCAUGUGGCCAUCUUCAUGGUGUGCUUUGUGCCGUACAACUCCAUACUCUUCCUGUACGCCCUUGUACGCUCCCAAGCCAUCGCCAGCUGCUCUUUAGAGAGGUUCGCCAAGACACUCUACCCAAUCACGUUGUGCAUUGCUACCCUCAACUGUUGCUUUGACCCUUUCAUCUACUACUUCACCUCCGAAUCGUUCCAGAAGUCUUUCUACAUAACCCCCCACCUCAAAACGGGCUCUCCUUUAACAAAGUUUGUCUUGUCGCCCGCUCAGGAGGAUAUGAGCCACCAGGCGAUCACAAACGGAGCCGAUCUGACCUCUGAAUCCAAUUUUUGAUUCUGGGGGCUUUGUCGGUUGUGAAUUAGACUUCAGAGGACUCCGUGAUUACCUUCUUUCUUUCGUCUGAAAGAAGGAACGAAAACCAUGAAUCAUGAGAACCACGUAGGAACGUAUGUGUGUGUCCCUACACCUGUAGGUAUCUAUCUGUAAGCCGAUGUUCUUCCUCAUUUCUGAAAAUCCAUCCUCCUACUAACUUGAGUAACAUGGCCCAUACGUCUGUUUUGCUUUUGAAGCUAUGAAAUAAUAAAAGAUGUCACUUUCUCAUAA